UGGGUGGUUCGUAUGGAUUACGCGGGAUUGUGUAGUUUUCUAUAGUUGGAGCGGGCCGAACGAAUUUCGGCCUAUCAGCGUUAACUGCAGUCGAUCAGCUUCCUCUUUGUCGCAGAAUGUCAAAAUAAUAGGUUAACCACCGUAUGUCUGUCUUACGACAUGUUAGUUGGGUACAGUAGCAGUUCCGAUGAAGAAGAAGAAGAAGAAGGAAAUAUAAAAGGCGAAAAACGACAGCGCAGUAAAACCGAUUACACUUCCAGUUUUUGUAAAAAGAUUAAAUCUACUACGGGUUCUGAAGACCACAACCAUGUCCAAUCAAAGGAUGGAAUCUGUGUCGAAGAGACUCCUCCCCUUCAGCCAAAGUCCCGCCUACCCCUGCCAGAGAGUGUGCUGGAGAUGUUUCCAGAGGAGAAGGUGACAGAGGACAGCUCACUACACGGCGGACGAGUGCGCUCCUUCCAGCACGAGCGAGGGAACUGGGCUACAUAUGUGUACCUGCCUUAUCAUCCUGAGGAUGGCUUUUUGGAGCUGCUGGAGGAGAUGUCCCGACUUUCAACUACCCACGGGUUCCAGCUGACGCGUUCGACCGAGUUCCACCUCAGCCUGUCCCAGACAGUUGUGCUCCGUCACCAUUGGAUCCAGCCCUUUGUGAUGUCCCUUCAGACAGGCUUGGCCCAAUGUUCCCGCUUCAGCUGUAUUGCGAGCCAGCUGAAGGUCUACAGCAACCAGGAGAAGACAAGAACCUUUCUUGCACUGGAGGUUUCCACUGGACAUGCUCAGCUGCUGGAACUGGUUAGAGUCGUGGACAAAACGAUGGAGGAGUUUAAUCUCAGUACCUUCUACCAGAAGCCUUCCUUCCACAUCAGCCUGGCCUGGUGUGUGGGUGACCAGUCGGACAGGCUGCGUGCAGAGUGUCUGCCGCAGCUCCAGGUGACGCCUCCCUUUCUCUGCCCACACUUUAAACAUGGACACACAUGCUCUGUGGCGAUCGCCGCAUGUUUCUGUGCAUGGUACAGCCGCCAGACUACUAGUCAUUUCCAGAAUUUCUUCAUUUCAGAGAUAGAAGAUUAUUUGUAACUUGUGAUGUUGAUUUGCAUGCCUUUCGUAUGAAUCAUACCACACUAAAGGCGCUUUUCCAUUGCACCAGGUAUCAGUUUUGAUACUUCAAAAAAAGUACCAAAGUUACAGUAUUUUGUGGUGUUUUUCCACUAUUGUAAAACCUGGCACUGAAUGACAUAUUUUGUACUGAAUUUUAAAAAAAUGGCCGUAUUAUGUUAGAGAUGGGCAAUGUGCAGUAAUGAAAUCAACAUUGCAUGCUAUGCACACAAAGUUCUCACAUUACAAGCUCCGUGAUUGUCAGCUGGUUUGAGAUCAUGUGUAUUCAUUCCUUAAUACUGUCUGGACAUUAUAGCACGGGGCAUUUAAGUUUCACAAAAACAUUUUUUUGUGAAAAAUAUGUCAUACGAAACAAAGCUCAGCAAGCAUUGAAAGUUUAAUGGUUAUUCCUUUCCAAGAUUAUCUCAUAUACGCUUAAAAGUAAUUUUAAAGUUUACUGCUGCUGCUUUUGCAUGAGCUCUGCAUGUGCUCUCUGUCAUUUUCAUCCUUACCGUUUAAAUCCUAGAUGAGUGCGAGAUCUUGAACAAAUUUUUUUAAAUAAAUGUCCCAAUAUCAAUUACAGCUAAAUUACAUUGCAAUAUAUAUAUUUUUUCCCCAAUAUAAUGGAGCCCCAGUAUAUUGUAUGUCAUCCGUAUCUUCUGGUUCUCCCAAGCAGAUCGCCAUUAAAGCUCGGGUCUCUCCUUUUGUCCAUGCAUACAUUAUUAUUACCUUUUUUUUUUUACUCCAUUUAUCAUUUUCGGAGUACACAACCUUGCUCAAGGUGUCAGUGGUAUUGUGCUUCAUAGCCAGGCUAUUUGCAAAGUCAUCCGACAAUGAACACCUUCAAGUCCCACCCCAAAAUACCAAAGAAGUAUCCCAGCUUCUGUGAUACUUUCGGUACUGGUACUCGACUGGAAGUCAAUGGAAAGUUCCCAAAGUACAGUAUCCGGUGCGGUGGAAAAGCGCCCAAAAUUGACAGCCCCUGUGAACCUGUGUGAAAUAACCUCUGUCCCAUGGCACCUGCUGUUCCCCCUAGAGUCUCCUGGACUCCCAUGAGGACGCCGUCUUCCCACUGAGGCUCACUUGCCAGCAACUCCGCUGUAAGGCUGGAAACAAGAUGUUCUGCUUUCAGCUGUGCUGAGCUGGACUGUCUUGCCUCGCUAGAGGAACUAACAUCAGUCAUUAUUAUGCCAUCCUUGACUCAAGAUUAUUUAGGCUACGGCUGGUAAAUCAUCAUCUUAGAGUGAUGAUACACAGGACAACUGAGCAUUGUUGCUCUGGCACAUUCCCAUUGAUAUCGGGCAACAAAUUUCUAUUUGAAAAACUAGCGGGCAACUUUUUAUAAUUACCCAGAUCCAGAUGAGUUGCCCGUUGUCUCACCUGUUUGGUAAAUUGCCUGGCAGCAUUGUUGCCCUGUGUAUCGUUACCUUUGGUCCAUCUAUCCAUGGCAAUGGACUGGCUGGCUAUCCUGGCUGUACUUCCAUCAUUGUGCCCUGUGCUGCCUGAAAUGAAAAUCCCUGCAUUCCUGACCCAGAUAGAUGGAUGGGUAACUUUAUGUGAAUAUUUUCUAAACAUACUUUUGAAAUACUGUUUAUAAAUGACAUGAGUUUGGUGUAAAAGAUAGGAAGAUAGAAUUAAUGGUGACAGCAUUGUAAGUAAACCGGUUUCUGAUAAAUAUUUAUUGAGAAAAUUUCCA